AGUAAAUCAAAAUUCGCGCUUUCUUUAGCGUGAAGCUCCACCUUUCGUCACAUCGCGCACUUUAGUUCAUUAUUCGGCUAAUAGAGGCAGUCUUCGUCACGCUGCCAUACGGUAUGGCCGUAGUUCGUCCAAGUUUUUACUUCGUUCCGAAAUAAUCCGAAGUGAAACGUUCGUAAGGGAUGCAUCCACCGUUCAGGAAUUAGAACAUUUUCGUUGUGCUACGGGUCAGCUGAUACGCGGGUCGAUCAUGUUGUCCCAAAGGAAAGCCGCUACGAUAAGAAAGUUGGAGGGAAAACGACCGAAAGAGUCGAUGUCAUCCUCCAGUCUUUCUGGUAUGUCACAAUUAUCAAAUAGUAGCGAGGAAACUCUUGAACCCUUCGUGCAUAAACCACAUAAUUCUAAUACUGAAAAACGCACAACGAAAGAACAGAGUCCAAUAAACAACGAAUGGCUACUAAGUAGUCCCGUUGGAAACAAAGCACCUACCUUACGCUUUAAAUGUUGUGCUUUGUCUACACCUCCAGAAGAUCCACCAGCUAAACAGUUACAUAUGACGUACAAAAUUUUUCAAACAGACACCAAGCUUAUAAAUCUUUUACUACAAUCCCAUGGCCUAUCAGAGGUACCCAUGAAUGAAACAGAUUUUAAUAUAUUGUGGAUGGGAAAUCAUCCAAAGCCGGAUAUUCUACGUAACUUGCAAUCUUAUCAAAAAGUUAAUCACUUUCCAAGAUCCUACGAAAUCACACGGAAAGAUCGAUUGUAUAAGAACAUUGAGGCAAUGCAAAGAAGUAAAGGCUUGCGAAAUUUGGAUUUUAUUCCACAAACCUUCCUUUUACCCAGUGAAUCAAGAGAAUUACUUACCGCGCAUUUUAGGUACCGAGGACCUUGGAUCGUUAAACCAAAAGCCAGUUCUCGUGGACGCGGAAUUUAUAUUGUUAAUAGUCCUGAGAAAAUCCUUACAGAUGAAUCUGUGAUAGUUGCACAAUAUAUAAAUAAUCCAUUGUUAGUGGAUGGGCACAAAUGCGAUUUACGUCUCUAUGUUGCUGUAACAAAUUAUGACCCAUUAUUGAUAUAUCUAUAUGAAGAAGGAUUAGUGAGGUUUGCAACUGUUAAAUAUGAUGGUGGUAAUCAAUACGUUUGGAAUCCUUGUAUGCACUUAUGUAACUACAGCAUCAAUAAAUUCCAUGUAGAUUAUGUUAAAAGUGAAGAUCCAGAUGCAGAAGAUGUAGGUCAUAAAUGGACAUUAUCUGCAUUAUUAAGACAUUUGCGUUCUAUUGGUCAAGAUACUGAACAACUAAUGCAACGUAUCGAAGAUAUUAUAAUUAAAUCAAUUUUAGCUACUGCUUCCGGAAUUGUUAGCGGUGUUAAACAAUUCGUGAAACAUCCAGAAACAUGUUUUGAAUUGUUUGGUUUUGACAUCCUGAUUGAUGAUACUUUGAAACCUUGGCUACUGGAAGUAAAUCUGACACCAUCAUUGGGAUGUGAUUCUCCACUGGAUGUCAGAUUAAAAUCAGCAUUAAUAGCUGAUUUACUUACUCUUGUUGGUAUUCCUGCUGUUGAUCCAAUGUUACGGCCUCAAAGUAUGCACCUAAAUCGUUCUUUGGCUAAUCCCACUAAAAGAAUGGCUGGUUAUCGAAGAGUGCAAUCCGCGGAAACAUUAGCUCAUAAAAAAAAGAGUGUUGGGAAGAGUAAUAUAAUAAAAGGAGGAUUAAGUUCUGAACAACAACGAAUAGUAGCAUCCGCGAAAGCACAGUUUGAAAGAAGAGGAGGAUUUGUUCGCAUAUUUCCUAGUCCAAAGUCAUGGGAAAUAUAUUCACAAUAUUUAGAUACAUCAACUGGUAUACCAAUAGUUUCUGAUCCAUUAGGACCUGGGAGAAUUCCACAAUCAGUUACCACAAACCACAAUUUAAUGUUACAUGAACAAUUGUUUCCUGCAGCUAAUCGAAAUACUGGUUUUGUUAUUCCAGAAGUUACAUUAGACAGAUUGUCUAGAUAUGAAAGGUAUGAAAGAGCUCUAGUAAAGGGUCAUAAGCAAAGUUUGGAUCGCGGCGAUAGUAAGGAAAAUAUGGAUGUAGAUACUCAUAAAUAUAAAAAUUUAGUUAUGAAAUCAAUGCAAGAAGGAAAUACAUUAAGUCCUGGUGAAGCAAGGAAAGCUUUUGGUUUAUAUUUAGGACACAUACUCCGCAAAAUAUCACAAUCAAAUGCAGAUCCAGCAUGCUGUGAUCUUGUUAUGAAAUUUCUUCAACAAUCCUCGUCUAAUUUAAGAACUCCGUUUUUAUUUACAUUACCAAGCAGUAAGUUGAGUGACAAAGAUCGUGCAGCUAUAACUGCUAAGCAAUUAUCAGAUUUCUUACACUUGUAUAAUAGAGAAACAGAACUUUAUGCAGAUACAGUUGAUCGUCCAUGUACCGUUCCCAAUAGACUUUUCCAAAAGUUCCUAGCUGCAGCAGGUGAAGAAGACCUCGAUGACGUAUUAAUUUUACAAACCCAAUUGUACAAGUGUGCGCAUAGUUUUUUGGGUAGAAGUGGUUUUGCUGGAAGUUUGCGUGGACCUAAUCUUUUAUGUUCAUUACCACAUAUAACUUCCCGAGUGUAUUCGAAUGCCGCUACAACCGAACAAUGUAAAUGCACACAAUCCUCUACAAGAACUACAAAAGCUCCAAGAACAUAGAGUAUAAUAAUUUUAUUUAUAAAUUACCAGUUCUUUAUUAUUAACAUUAAUUAACAUUAAGAUUACUGAAUAUUCUGGUUUAAGUGGACAAUCAUUCAUUAGGAUGAGUGAUCAUUGUCUCUCUUUUACUAGCGUGAAGAAUGUAAUUACGAAAAUGAAUAUUUUGGAUACGCUUAAAAAGCGCUUUAACAGUUCUACGAAAUAGAGAAGUUUAUCAAUAGCAUAAGUCUAACUGAGAUUUUAAACAAUCUUGCUCGAAAUUUAGUCAUUUUAUUGACUGUCCAAACAUUUAAAAUUUUGGACAAAAUUUAAGCAGCAUUAUCCAAGCUAGUCUUGAAAGAUAUAUUUAUUAAUUGACAUUAAUCAUACAAUGAAAUAUGAAGAAGCACAAUGAAGAAACGCAAUUAGAUACAAUUAUACAAACGGCCAAAGAUAUAUAAAAAAUUUUAAAAAAAGAAUACGCGAUAAUUUGUAUGAAAAUAAUAUAUUGCUUUCAUUAAAUCACCGAUUAAAUCUCUAAAGCAGAUCUACUUUCAUUAAAUUAUAUCAAACUUUAUCAAUCAAUUAUGGUAAAGCAUCAUGAAAUAGUUAAUUUUCUUUCAUUGAUAUUACAAAAAAAUUACUACUUACUUUCUUAGCACAAAUAAUAGACAUAUUAUCAAUAAUUUAUAUUGUAAUCGCUAUAUAAUUAUAAUAAUAUAUGACUAAUUUAUUUACUUUCGUGAAUAUAAAAACUUGUCUUAAUAAUGAUAUAACAAUAAUUUACACUACUUAUGAUUGAUAAAGUAUAUUUACAUUCAUAUUCAAAAUGUUCCUAUGCUUACUAUAUGUUUCUAUAAUUGAUUUUAAAAAUAAUAUUUGUUGACAUCCAUGUUUCUGCAUCUAGUCACAGUAAAAGGAAUGUUUAUUAUUAUCAAAGAAGACUAAUUCUAUAGUACACGGCAACAUUUAUUUAUUUAUUUAUUACGUUUAGAAAUAACUAUAGUUAAACAUCAUAGUAAAUAUUUUAACAUAUCGUGAAGCAAAGAAUAAUAUAUUGUAAAAGCUACAUGAUGCAAACUAUUAUCAAGAAUUAGUUGAACAUAAUUUGUUUUCUUUUUUUUUCUCUCUCUUUUUUUUUCCUCCCCUAAAAAUAUUAAUGUGCAAUGUAUGUGUAUGAGAGAAUGUGUUAUGUAUAAAAAAAAAUUGAAUGUCUUCAUGCAUGAGCAAGGCUAUAAUAUUUGUAAUAAUAAGAUAUCAAUUUGCAUAAGAUAAAGCUAGAUACUUUACAUUUAUAUACUGCUUUUUUCAAUGCUACGAACAAAAUUUAUGUAUUAAAAGAUAAACUGUACAGCCAUUAAUCAAAAUGGAUUACAAUGAUGAUAUAGUUCGGCUUAUUAUAUGUAGAGCAAUAUUUCCAUCCACGUAAUUCCGUCGAUAUUUUGAGAAUUUACUGCUUUUUCUUCCAGAUGAAAUAUUUUUUCACCCAAUGCUUGCUAAAUAUAUUCUAUUUACUUGAUAUUAUUAAGAUAUAGACGAUGUGCUAAACGUUAUUCAUAAAGACAAACAUUUGAAUUUGCUUACUGUGAUAUAGGUACAUUUUAUGUAUCAUAAACAAAUAUGGCACCCGUAGCAUAAUUUAAAUAAUUUGGUUACUAUGCACAGUACAUAAUGAUAUUGAAAAACAUUCAAAUUAAUAUAAUUUAGAAUAAAAAUGUAGCAUCAUUCUUUAUAAGAUGUAAACAUCAUGUGUACUGUUGCUGCCUAAUACAAAAAAAAAGAACUAAAUCAUUAUUACGAAGAAAAAGAAAAAUAUAGAAAUGGCAUAAAUAGUUAACCUUAUAAGCCUAAUAUUUUUCAUAUAUAUAAUACGGUAUUAUAACUUUAUUUUACAACGAAUAAGAUAAUUCAGUAGAUACUUAUAAAAAAUAUCAAUUAUUCAAUACCUUUGAUUGCAAUCAACGCAGUUAUAAUUGCAGGUAAAGUAAAGAUAUGGAAGUAUUUGCUUUAUAUAAAAAAAAAAGAAAGAAACAAAGAAAGAAUUAUAAAGUUUAAGAAAAUACUAAUUCCAUUUAAUGCAUAUUUAUCUUG